AUGGAAAGCAGCGGCCUGCGCGGUCUUACCCGACGAGCCCUGCCCGAAAGCCUAAAAACCCACGCUCAAACCGCACAGCAUGUCAUCUCAAGCAUGAUGGGGAUCCGCCAGACUUUGCUCUCGGCGGUCCUCUUCGACGUACACCCUGUCUGCUCGCCACUGGUGAGCGAGCUGGUUGCAGAUUACCAAACGGGUACUGGCUUGCCCGAGCGUCCUCAUCGCGAUGCAUACAUCAUCGUUUUGCUUCCCGGAGAAUCGACGAUUGGGAAACAGCAUGAUCUGUUACUUCUUCCUCUAUCGCGGGCUGGGAAUCCGGUAGUCAGCGUAGUGGAUGUUGAGGGGAAGGUCCUGGAGAUGGACUGGGAGGCCCAGGAUUACUUCCGAAUAAAUGAAAUGUGUAGAUUCCGCGUCUCGGAACAUGGGAGGAUCAGUGCCCUGUGUGUGGUGUUUCCUCGGACUUGA